AUGAAUCAGGCCGAGAGCUCCACGAUCAUGCGAGGCAGAGGCAGGAACAAGAGGAAGUGGACAUGGGACGAGGACGAGGAGCUCGUCAAAGCCCUGUGCGAGGUCUCUCUCGACCCCAGGUUCAGGGUCCAGGGAGGGGGCUUCAAGAACUGCUACUCUCAAGGGAUCGAGAGCCUCCUCGCGCAGAGGCUGCCCGGCCGCGGCAUCAAGGCCAGCCCCCACGUCGAUUCUCGGCUCAAAGUGCUGAAGCGCAAGUUCUACUCGAUCAAAGACAUGCUGGCGUCGCCGGGGUUCUCCUGGGAUGGGUCGAGAAAGGUCGUCCGGUGUGAGAAGGAACGGUACGAUCAGUAUUGCAGAGAUAAUCCUAGAGCCAAGGGUCUGAAUGGUAUUCCAUUUCCACAUUUUGAUGCGUUUGAUGCGAUAUAUGGCAAGGAUAGAACUGCUAGAGAAGGGAUGGAAGUGUCCGAAGAAGCAACUGCUAACUUGGAGAAUGGAAAUACGAGUGAAGGUGCAGAUGAGGAAGCGGAGGUGGAUAGGAUGUCCGCAGGACCAUCCGGUCGCCCUGUGGCCUUGGAUGCUGCAUCAAGCUAUGAGAAGCCGAAGAAAUGUAAGCAUGGUGGGAAAAGGAAGAGAACUGAAUCAAAUUGCCCAUCUCUGGACAUGCUUAAGGAUGUACGUGGCCACUAUCAAGGUGCCAGUCAGCAUGUCGACACAAUGGCUGAAGCAGUUGCGAUGUUCAAGGAUGUACACCGUCACUUCCAGAGUGUUGUUCAACAUGCCAGCUCAAUGGCAGCAGCAAUGGAGAAGUUCAAGGAUGCAUACACUCAAUUUCAGAGUGUUGUACAGAAUGUGAGCACCACCACAUCAGCCAUGGAACGGUUCAAGGAUGCACAUGAUCAUUUUCAAAGCAUCGCUCAGAGUGGCGGCAUGGCUGCAGCAGUGAUUGAGUGCCAUACUGAUCUGCAAGGAAGGUUGUCGCCUGAGGUGCCCCAACAGAAUGCAAGGGUAAGAGCUAUUGCUGAAAUGCAAAAGCUUCGGUUUAGUGGAAGCGAAGUGGUCAAUGCUGCAACUGUUUUCGCAAAGGAACCAAACCAAAUGGGCAUGUUCUUAGCGCUCCCUGAGAUGUACAAGAGGGAGUACAUACUCCGAAUGCUUAACGGUGGGCAAUCUCUCCAAUUUUAACUUGUAGCAACAUGGGAGGAAUGAAGCUUAGAAGUACUAAUUCAGUCUAGUUUCUGCAGUGACAGUUUGAAAUGGUUGUACAUGUGUAAAUAGUUCCUUAUAUAGCGCUCGUCUAACAUCUA